AUGGGCUUGAAGAUCACUCGCCUCUUCCUCAGCGCGUACUGCGAUAUCAGCAUGUCCGUCAACACCCAUCCCUUACCCGAGCCGUCCUCGGCCUCGAUCCCUGGUGGGUGGGUGGUCGUGACGGCCACGAGCCAUGUCGACAGAUACUGGCACAAAAUUCCCGUCCGCUGGCGAUCCUGCUCGACCAUGGAUACCACCACCGCCGCCGCCGCCGCCGACCUGUCCUUUCUCUGCACGGACGGGACAAAUCUCAACUUGCCUGUUCCUCUCCAGCACAGCCGCAGCUGUCUGAUCCUCGAGUAUCCCGACUUUGUCCUGAAAGAUCCCGCGGAUUUCCGGUCCUCCCUCCCGAACCUAUCACGAACCACGAUCGAGUCGCACCCGGCAUAG